AGGAGAAGGCGCCUCGCGAGAAGAUCCUCACGUUGGAAUCCAUGAACCCGCAGGUCAAGGCGGUGGAGUACGCCGUGCGGGGGCCCAUCGUCCUGAAAGCGGGCGAGAUCGAGAAAGAACUGCGGAAGGGCAUCAAAAAACCUUUCACAGAAGUCAUCAAGGCCAACAUUGGUGAUGCUCAUGCCAUGGGACAGCAGCCCAUCACCUUCCUUCGACAGGUGGUGGCGCUUUGUACUUACCCCAACCUGCUGGACAGCCCCAGUUUCCCAGAAGAUUCCAAGAAGAGGGCAAGACGGAUCUUGCAAGGCUGUGGAGGCAACAGCUUAGGUUCGUACAGCGCCAGCCAAGGAAUCAAUUGCAUUCGUGAAGAUGUCGCGGCGUACAUUGAGCGGCGAGAUGGUGGCGUCCCUGCAGAUCCAGAGAACAUCUAUUUGACCACGGGAGCAAGCGAUGGCAUUGCUACCAUUCUCAAGAUCCUCAUCUCGGGAGGUGGGAGAUCCCGAACUGGAGUGAUGAUCCCAAUUCCUCAGUAUCCUUUAUAUUCAGCCGCCAUUUCCGAAUUGGAUGCCAUCCAGGUGAACUAUUACCUGGACGAAGAGAACUGCUGGGCCCUAGAUGCGAACGAAUUACGCCGCUCUUUAUAUGAAGCCAAAGCGUAUUGUAACCCCAAGGUUCUUUGCAUCAUUAAUCCUGGAAACCCCACAGGUCAAGUUCAAAAUCGAAAAUGUAUUGAAGAGGUCAUACAUUUUGCCUGGGAAGAGAAACUGUUUCUUCUGGCUGACGAGGUUUAUCAAGACAACGUCUAUGCGGAGAACUGCCAGUUCCACUCCUUCAAAAAAAUCCUCUAUGAAAUGGGACCCGAUUAUUGGAACAAUGUUGAACUUGCUUCUUUUCAUUCCACUUCCAAGGGCUACAUGGGCGAGUGUGGCUACCGAGGAGGCUACAUGGAGGUGAUAAACCUGCAUCCAGAAAUUAAAGGGCAGCUAGUUAAGCUCCUCUCUGUCCGUCUGUGUCCACCUGUCUCCGGUCAAGCUGCUAUGGAUGUUGUCGUGAACCCCCCUGUUCCUGGAGAAGAAUCAUAUGCCCAGUUUAUUAAGGAAAAGGAGUCGGUCUUGAACAACCUUGCAAUGAAAGCCAAACUAACCGAAGACUUGUUCAAUCAAGUGCCAGGGCUCCACUGCAACCCACUUCAAGGAGCCAUGUAUGCGUUCCCACAAAUUUUUAUCCCUGCCAAGGCCGUUGAAAUAGCCAAGGUCCACCAAAUGGCUCCCGACAUGUUCUACUGUAUGAAACUUUUAGAAGAAACCGGAAUCUGUGUUGUUCCUGGAAGCGGGUUUGGUCAAAGAGAAGGAACUUAUCACUUUAGGAUGACGAUUCUCCCACAAGUAGAGAAACUAAAGAUCUUAUUGCAGAAAGUGAACGAUUUCCAUAUAAAAUUUCUGGAGGAAUUCUCUUAAAAUAAAGACUCCUUGUUUU